GGAGAUGAGGCAGAGGUAUGUUGCACAGCAUAACAAGCCCUCUAUGUAUAAAGAGAGGAACAUCUUUCUGAAACUAUUUAACAGGAUUCUGUUGAUAGGACGUCCAUGAUUACUCAGCUUAUUUUCAUCUGACACAGACGAUCCUCUACAGAUUCAUUACCAAGUGGACUGUUGAAUGAAAUUGCUAUUUCUUGCUUACAAUCAGUCCUGAAAUCAAAGAAGAUAAAAUAAUGAAGCUACCAUCUUGUGAGCUUUAUAUUAUCUUCUACUUGAUGAAUUUCAUCAGUCUUGUUCUGCCGGUUGCAGGGUUCGCACUGAGAGAUCAGUGUAAAAUCAGUAACAAUAGCUUCAGCUGCCACCCUCUCAAGAGUGGACUCAGAGCUGUUCCUAAAGAUAUUCCCCCAACAGUAAAGAGUAUUGACUUGUCUGCAAACAAAAUUUCGAAAAUACAAUCCACAGAUUUUAAAAAUCUAUCUCUUGUGACAGAGUUAAGCCUAAAAAACAACAACAUUUCACAAAUAGAAACCGGUGCCUUUGCUCAUCUUAUUUCCCUGACUCAGUUAAGUCUGAGUAACAACAGACUUGUUAAACUUGGCGAUGAUCUUUUUGCUGGUUUGAGCAAUCUCAAAGAGCUCAGAAUAACAAGAAAUCGAAUUAAAGAAGUGGCGCCCACCUCUUUUAAAUCCUUGACAAGCUUGACUCUUAUGGACAUCUCUCACAACAAACUCCACAGCAGUACAAAAGUUCAGUCUAUACUGCAACAACUACCGAAUCUACAAAAGCUUAUCAUCACAAACAAUGACUUAACCCAUUUUCAAUCAUGGGAACUGAGCAACAGCUCACUACAGCUUACUUCGCUUGAUGUUUCCCAGAACCGCAUAGCGGUCUUUAGGAUAACUGCAGACAUUUUCCCAAAUCUUACCUGGUUGAACAUCGGUUCUACCAUUAACCACAAGAUGAUAUGGGACAUACGUAACAAGACUUUCCUGAGACAAGUGUCUACUCUUGAUGUAAGUGGGCUUCAACUGGCUUCUGACGACUGGAAAACAUUCCUAGAAACUUUCAACUCCUCUCUGACGACUCUGAGGAUGAAUCAAAUGAAACAUAACCUGACAGAGCUCAUUGGCAUUGCCUGCACCAUCCCAACACUGAAUGAACUCCAGCUCCGACAAAACAAACUCUACUUUAUUCACUCAAAUUUGUUCAAGCUAUGUGCUAACAUAACAGAGUUAGACCUUUCAAACAAUAACAUAAAAAACAUUGAGGACAGGGCUUUCUCAUCCCUGAAAGGUUUAACUUUCUUGAGUCUGGCUCAUAACAAACUUCCAUCGGUUCCAGCCGCCACAAGGAAUCUACCAACUCUUACAGAGCUCAAUCUCAGCAGAAACAACAUCAGCAAACUUGGAUGCCAUGAUUUUGCCAAUCUGACAAAGCUCAAAGAGCUUAGCCUUUAUCAGAACACCAUCCCAACUUUAACUGAGUGUGCUUUUAAGGAUAUAAUAAGACUGCAAGUUUUAAAGCUGCAAAAUAGCGGCAUCUCGAGAUUAAAUGGUGCUUUCAAGAAACACUUGCCAUAUCUCAGACAACUGCAAUUGUUUGGAAAUAAGCUCACCUUCAUUAAACAUGGGGAGCUAAAAGGCCUAAAGUCCCUCCAGAACUUGUCUCUGUCUAACAAUCAAAUCACAACUCUUGAUGAGGGCUGUUUUAUUGGACUGGGAAAUCUUACUAAUUUACUGCUUCAAUCCAAUAAUAUUUAUGCAGAUAAAUUCAAACAGAGCUCCUUCACUGGUCUCAUAAAUUUAAAAAGGCUGGAUCUGAGAGACAAUCACAUAGCCUAUAAGGGCAGAUCCACUUGGCCUGAUCCGCCAUUUUCUCACCUCACUCAGCUAGAAGAACUGGCUAUUCCUGCACAACACCACAGAGGGAAGUCCCAGCUGCCGCCAAAUUUCCUUAAAGGUUUGACAAAUCUUUUAUAUUUCGACGCAAGGAAUAUGCAACUCGAACACCUCGACAAAGACACGUUCAAGGACACACCUCGGCUGCAAGUACUUGACAUCAGUACCAAUGACAUAAAAAAUCUCUCUCCAGAGAUUUUAUCCCCAAUACAAAAUCUUAAAAGCCUCUACAUAUCUAGACUAGGUCUUAAGUCUCUUAAUUUCCUCAUAGAUGCUAAACUUGCUAAGCUAGAGUUCCUUCAGGUAAGACACAAUACAUUUCCAGUUAUAAGAGAAGAGGAAAUCAACGCCCUCCCAGCUCUGGUGUUCUUGGAUCUCUUUGAACACAGUUUCAAAUGUGACUGCGAUAAUGCCUGGUUUCUAGAGUGGGCAGUGAACAACAACCAAACUCAGGUUUAUGAUGCCUAUAACUUUGAGUGUAACGAUCCCCAAAGCCUCAUAGGAACAAAACUGUUGGACCUUGACAUCAAGUCGUGCUCAGUGAACACUGAUUUCAUCUGCUUCAUAUCCACCACCUGUUCAACCCUCCUGCUCAUGGUGGUGUCCUUCACCUACCAUUUCCUGAGAUGGCAACUAGUAUAUGCCUACUACCUUUUCUUGGCAUAUCUCUUUGAUUCCAAACGUAAAACCAAGCAAGCUCCCGACCAGUAUGAUGCCUUUGUCUCCUACAACGCCCACGAUGAGCCAUGGGUCAUCAGAGAGCUGUUACCAAAACUGGAAGGUGAGCAGGGCUGGAGGUUGUGUCUGCACCAUCGAGACUUUGAGCCAGGUAAACCCAUCAUGGAGAACAUAACAGAUGCCAUCUAUGGGAGCAGGAAGACGAUCUGUGUGAUCAGCCAAAGAUACCUGGAGAGUGAGUGGUGCUCCAGAGAAAUCACACUGGCCAGUUUCCGUCUGUUCGACGAGCAGAAAGACGUUCUGAUCCUGGUGUUUCUGGAGGAGAUUCCCACCGCUCAGCUGUCUCCUUACUACCGCAUGAGGAAGAUGCUGAAGAAGCGCACCUAUCUGAGCUGGCCACGAUCCGAGAACACUGAGCUGUUCUGGGAGAAACUCCGCCAGGCUCUGAAAACCAGAGAAGACCACAAUGAAGACCAGUUCCUCCUCACUGUGGUGGACCAGUCAUAAAGGAGGAAAUGCAACCUGUUCGGUCUUCUAGUCUUUGAAAUGAACUCAUCAACAUACUUGUAAGACUUUAAAAAAGGGUUUAAUCGCUCUGUUUCAA